AAACCGGGGCUGGCCCCGCCCCCCGCAGCCCGCGUCACGUGAUGGGGGCGGGCGGCGCUGGGCAGUGUCAGUGUGUGGAGACUCAGACUUCUACCUUGUAAAUACUGUUAUUUGUAUAUACUGUAAAUGAUGACAUCGGUGGGCACUAACCGAGCCCGGGGGAGCUGGGAGCAGACACAGACACAGAGCCAGACACAGCACAAGCAGCGGCCGCAGGCCACUGCGGAACAGAUUCGACUUGCACAGAUGAUUUCGGACCACAACGACGCUGACUUUGAGGAGAAGGUGAAACAACUGAUUGACAUCACGGGGAAGAACCAGGAUGAGUGUGUGAUUGCUCUGCACGAUUGCAAUGGGGAUGUGAACAGAGCCAUCAAUGUGCUGCUGGAGGGCAAUCCGGACACGCAUUCCUGGGAGAUGGUCGGGAAGAAGAAAGGCGUCUCGGGACAGAAGGACAGCGGACAGACAGAACCCAGUGAGGAGAGCAAAGAGAACCGGGAGAGAGAUCGGGAUUUCAGCAGGCGACGUGGGGGGCCGCCGCGACGGGGCCGGGGUGCCAGCCGUGGCAGAGAGUUUCGGGGCCAGGAGAACGGGCUGGAUGGUGGGAAGAGUGGAGGCUCGACUGGAAGAGGAACAGAGAGAGGGAGACGGGGACGUGGCCGGGGCCGAGGCGGCUCUGGACGGCGGGGAGGAAGAUUCUCUGCCCAAGGCAUGGGAACUUUCAACCCAGCUGACUACGCUGAGCCAACCAGCACGGAUGAGAGCUAUGGGAAUAACAGCAACACGUGGAACAACACGGGCAGCUUCGAGCCGGACGAUGGUACAAGACUUGAUUUCAUUGGGGGUGAGGGCUCAAAUUAUCCCCGAAAAUUUGACUCUGCUCCUGGUGCAUGGAGGGCCGCGACGGAGGAGUGGGGCACGGAGGACUGGAAUGAAGAUCUGUCUGAGACAAAGAUCUUCACUGCAUCCAAUGUGUCUUCAGUGCCUCUGCCUACAGAGAAUGUGACAAUCACAGCCGGACAGAGAAUCGACCUUGCAGUGCUGCUAGGAAAGACACCUUCUUCCAUGGAGAAUGAGUCAACAAACCUGGAGUCCUCCCAGGCUCCAUCCUUGGCUCAGCCUCUGGUGUUCAGCAAUUCCAAGCAGAGCACCAUGUCCCAGCCGGCCUCUGGGAACUCCUUCUCCCAUCACAGCAUGGUGAGCAUGCUGGGGAAAGGCUUUGGAGACGUCGGGGAGGCCAAAGGCAGCAGCACCACGGGCUCCCAGUUCCUGGAGCAGUUCAAGACGGCCCAGGCUCUGGCCCAGCUGGCAGCUCAGCACAGCCAGCCAGGCAGCAGCAGCGCUGCCUCCUCCUGGGACAUGGGAUCGGCCACGCAGACCUCAUCCCUCGUGCAGUACGAUCUCAAGAACCCAACAGACUCCUCUGUGCACAGCCCCUUUGCCAAGAGACAGGCCUUCACGUCCACCUCCACCAUGAUAGAGGUGUUCAUGCAGGAGAAGCAGCCUGUGGUGACAGCCUCCACCACCGUGCCGGCUCCGCCAUCUUCACCGCUGCCCAGCAAAGCCAACCCCGUUCCCCAAAUGUCCCCGGGCUCCUCAGACAACCAGUCGUCCAGUCCUCAGCCUGCACAGCAGAAGCUGAAACAGCAGAAGAAAAAAGCAUCCUUAACAUCAAAGGUGUGGGGCCUUCCUGUUUAA